UUUUUUUCAGAUCGUUAUUUGGCAUCCUCUUCUUGUGUUACGUACUCUUCCAUCUCUGUAGUUAAUUUCCAGCAAAUUUCUCCACCCGCCUUCAGCUUUUGAGCGUUGACAAGAGGUGUUGAAAGAUUGGUCCUAAAAAGAAUUAUCCAAGAGUUUGUUCACCUAUUCUCACUAGAGCUCUUGCAAGGAAGAUGGCUGAUGGAGCUAAUUUAGAGAGGGGAGCUCUUGAAAAUCGUGUUGAAAAUAUGGAAAAUACGUUGAAAGAAUUGAUGGCUUCCUUCCAAUCUCUUCAGGCAACCUUAGUCACAAGGGCACCUUUGGCAACAAAUCCUUUGUUUGAAGAAAAUGUUCCGGUGGCAAAUCUCCCUGUGGUCACAUCUGCUUUAACUCUUGGGAAGGAGCCUACGUUAUCUUGCCCACCUAAUCCAACUAUUGAUGGAGCUUCUGGGACAAAACCAUUUGUUCUAAAUGCUGGUGUUGUUAUAGUUCAGUCUAAUGAUCAAGUAGAGACUCAAGUUUUCAAGUCAAUCACAGAUGAAGAAGACAAGGCAAUUAAAGCGAAGGACAGUCUAACGGGUCCUGCAGAUACCUGGUUCUCAACUUUAGACAAGAGUAAAGUUAAGAGUUGGCAUGAUUUGACUCACAACUGUAGGAAGCAAUAUGAAUACAACACAUCAUUAGCUCCUAAUAGAGAAGAUCUUCAAAAGACAGAAAAGAAACCAAGUGAGAGCUUCAAGGAAUUUGCUCAGAGAUGGUGUGGAUUGGCUACUCGAGUUCAACCUCCACUAACUGAUCAUAAAUUGAGUGAUUUAUUCAUCAAGUCAACUAAAGGGCCUUAUUGUGAGAAGUUAAUAACUUGUGUGAGUUACACUUUUGCUCAAUUGGUUGUUGUGGGAGAACAAGUGGAGGAUGGAAUCAAGUCUAGAAUUAUUAUGGAUUAUCAAGCAAUGAAGAGUCUCCUUGAACAAUACCAAAAUAAUAGUUCAGGGAUUUCUAAUUCAAAGAAAAUGGGCCAAAAUCAAAAGAAGGAGAAUGAGAAUGGCAGUAUAAGCUUAGUUUAUGAGGCAUAUGGAAGAAAUAAUCAAUCACGUGGGCAGUUCAACAAUUGGUUCCAAGCUCCAACUUAUCAAUCAAUGGCUUUUACAAGUCAACCAAGGCCUGUUUAUGCCUCUGGGACAAGUCGUCCACAACAAGAGAAAAAGAGAUGCUAUUUUGAUAAACUUCCAAUGUCAUACUCUGAAGUGUUUAAAUAAUUGAUAGUAGUUGGUCUUGUUACUCCUGUACCUAUGGUUCUAGUAAAUCCACCAUUUCCAAUAUGGUUUUGAAGAUAUUUUGGGAGAUCGAAAGUUAUCAACAAGAGGCGCAAAAGAAGAAUUCAAAAUAGAUUCAAAGUGGGGAGUUCUAAGCAUAAAAGGUAUGAAUCUAGACUUGAAAGGAGGAAGAUGUGGAAAACACUAAGAAAUCCCAUUUCAGAUAGGAUUGAGUUGUUAUCUUAGGGAUUGGGAUUGAGUAUUAGAAGCAUAUUAGGAUUGGGUUUUUCCCUUUGUCUAUAAAAAGGGACCUUUGGC